AUGGAGAGAGAGUUUGCACUAAGCUUAGAUUGCCAUUGGGGGCAGUUAGAAGAAUGGACAAAAUAUCAUUUAGCAACAAUUGAUAUUCAGUGGAUGGAUGGCUUAGCUUUCCACAACUCUAAUUCAUUCAAAAACAACAAAAAGAGUGUUGGGGCCGGAAGAGCUUCCCUAAGUAUGCAAUUGGCUAUACUUGUGCUUGCUGAACAAAAUCGAAGCAUAUAUGAUAUUAUGGAAGAGCUUGAUCUUUUGGUUUUCUGGAAAAACUAUGACACUAUCGUAAUUGGUUUGACGUUGUUAAUAGCAAUAAAUUAUGCUAUCUGGAAAGCUUGGAGAAGUGAUAAAAAGUCCGGAGGUGUUAUGGGACGCGUUGGUUUCCCUGUCGUCGGUGAAACUUUCUCUUUUCUGUCGGCAACUAAUAGUUCUAAGGGUUGUUAUGAGUUCGUCAGGCUCCGGAGAUUAUGGGGUAUACGUUAUUCAUGUAAGAGAGUGAGAAUUUUAGCAAAAACGUGUAGGCACGGGAAGUACUUCAAGACGAGAAUAUUUGGGAAGAUUCAUGUGUUUAUUCCGAGCACAAAAGGAGCAAGACAAGUAUUGAGUAAUGAUUUUGUAGAAUUCAACAAAGGAUAUGUGAAAUCAAUGGCCGACGCUGUUGGUGAGAACAGCUUGUUAUGCGUACCACAUCAUACCCAUCAAAGAAUCCGCCGUCUUCUUUCUCAACCUUUCUCCAUGCCUUCACUUUCCAACUUCGUUCGAACUUUCGAUCAGAUGCUUACGCCAACACUCAACAAAUUAGAACAAACUGGCCACAGCUUUACUGUGCUUGACUUCACCAUGAAGAUGACAUUUGAUGCAAUGUGUAAUAUGCUAAUGAGUGUGAGAGAUGAGUGGUUGCUUGGGGAUAUAGAAAAGGAUUGCAUUGCAGUUUCAGAUGCCAUGCUAUCUAUUCCAUUCAUGAUUCCUGGUACCACAUACUAUAAAGGCAUUAAGGCUCGUAAAAGGUUGACGGAAACCUUGAAAGGGAUGAUUGGGAAGAGACGGAGUGGAAUGGAGAAGCAUGACGAUUUUCUACAGACAAUGAUAGAGAGAGAUUCAUACCCAUCGUCCGAGAAGCUCAAUGACUCGGAGAUCAUUGAUAACCUUUUAACUUUGAUCAUUGCUGGCCAGACUACCACAGCUGCAGCUAUGAUGUGGAGUGUCAUGUUCUUGCAUUUAAAUCAAGAUUCCCUAAAUAAACUUCGAGAAGAACAAUUGUUCAUUGCCAAAAAUAAGCAGGAUGGAGACUCUCUCACCCUUGAAGAUCUUAACAAAAUGUCUUAUGGAUUAAAGGUUGUCAAAGAGACAUUGCGAAUGUCAAAUGUCUUGUUAUGGUUUCCUCGAGUUGCACUAAAUGAUUGCACAAUUGACGGAUUUGAGAUAAAGAAAGGAUGGCAUGUAAAUAUUGAUGCAACACAUAUACAUUAUGACCCAGCCCUGUACAAGGAUCCUUUGCAAUUUAAUCCAUCAAGAUUUGAUGAAAUGCAAAAACCAUAUGCUUUUAUACCUUUUGGUUCAGGACCCAGGACAUGCCUAGGAAUGAAUAUGGCAAAAGUGACAAUGUUGGUAUUUCUACAUAGGCUAACUAGUGGUCACACGUGGAAAAUUCAUGAUCUAGAUCUCAGUCUAGAAAAGAAGACGCAUAUUCCUCGACUAAGAAGUGGUUGUCCCAUUACCUUGAAACCCUUAAAUGAUUCAACACAAUAAGCAAAUUGUUUAUUCCACACAUUCGUUAUGCCACGUCAUCUAAUUUGCGAUAUUGAAAUAUUCAAUUAUUAUUUAUCUUUUUAUCAUUAAAUAUCCUAAUAUUGCAAACGUCUCAUUGGUUUGUUGCACGAAUGGUGUGGUAUAACUGUUGCGUUGUAUAAUUAUUCCAAUAAGCAACGCAUGUUUCUUAUACAAUUAAUAAAAUGAUCUUUCAAAAUAAAUAAUGGUUUUUAGAUUUGUGUUCACUGUUCA